CAAAUUGGGUGCCCUUCGCUGGUCUGCUUGGCUUGCAAUGGGUCGUUGGUGCUUACUUGAUCCCCACUCGACCCAUGCCGCGACGGUCAACUUCUCAAAGGGUGAGUCCAUCUUGUUUCACCGAAUCAGGGUUGAGCGGAGAGGCGCGCACGAUUGGAAUGGGGCCGCGGGAGGGGAUACAAGGGGCUAAGGUAGUCGAAGAGGAACAUCUGAGUCUCUUUGGUCAAGAUGGCUUGCAGGGGACGGGGCCGAUGCCGGGACCGGGGUCGGGGUGAGGCGGGAACAGGGCCGUACUGCUCUCCAGAGUCAGGUCUUCUACGUAGUAACGUAGUAGUUGUUUGAUUAAAACCACACCUUGGAUCUCUAGCAAGGGAUAGCCAACAGACCGUGACGGG